AUGACUUUUGAUGACCUUCCCGCGCAAUCGAGUAACCCUUCGUUUUUCGCUACAACACAGCUUCGACCCGAGGAUAUCAAGACUGUGUUCGCGCCGCCUACAACGACUGACGAGAAACUUGACUCCAGGUGGUUGUCGCAGCUUAGAGCUGCCAACUCCGCCGCGCAACUUUCCUUUGGUAGUACACCAAUAGUGGGUCAAGGCCCGGUCUCACUGCAAUCAGACGCAGUCUCCACUGCUCCUGUAAACUCACUUCUCCCCGGAGGAACGACGGUUAUCAAAGCCUCGGUACCGUUGCAGGACCCGUGCUCGGAGGGCCGAACCAACCCACUUUUCGAGCCGACCAAACUAAUGGCCCCUCUAGAUGAGGAACCUGACCGUAUCUCCGCGAAGCUAUCAGAUCCAGUAUCCGAACCGUCUGGCUACGAUAUUCUACGGCACCAUGAUACUGGGGCUGCAGAUCACGACAUAACGAACGAAGAUCCUUCUGUCAGUCAGGAUCCAGAAGGAGGCGAUAGCUCCGAUAAGGAAAUGGACGAGUUCCUCGCGUACAUCCAGGUUGAUGGCCUGAAGUGCGACAGUAUGGUUGCCCAGGAUGAUCACACUGAUGCGCAGAAUGGUUGGUCCUUGUCCCUAGAUAUGCUCUUGAAAGAGAAGGUAGAAGAGUCAAAAUCCAAUGCCGGCCCAUCCACCCAUCCGCAUGACGAAGACGAGACUCUGAAGGACGUAGAGUCGGCAACUCGCUUGGCAAUGGCGGCUCUUUCUUCAGAUACUCGCGGAGAAGAUGUACUGUCGUCAGAUGACAUGGUUCAUAUCACGGCCGCACAGCGCUUGACGUUACUGGGAGAAGCUGCGGAUAGGAUUGUCAGCGAAGUUGAUGAAUCGGAAUAUAUCAAACCUCAUCGACGCGGUAUUACCAUAUGGCAGGAAACAUCUGUUCUAUCGCCCCUCAUGGACAUCGACGAACUGACUCCUACUGCUUGGUCAGCAUUUGUGGUGUAUUCCCGUGCCACGGACUUGCUUGGUGCCGCGCUUCCCUACGAUGACGUAGACUGGGGCACCGGAACACUCAUGUUGCCAGCUUUGUCAUUACGAUGGGCCGAAGCUUCUGAUACAGCAUUCGCUCUUCUUCAAUCUUCUCGUCGCGAAAUCGUGGUCGCCAAUCCUCGGAUGCCUUUGUCUGCUUCUCUGAUAAUACAGGCCUUGCAUCGCCUCGGGCUCAAACCAGAAACGUGCACCAUCAUCGGUUUACCCUCCGCACCGCUGAACGGCAGUAUCGUUCGAGAUAAGGACCUUCGCGAAAACAUGUUAAAGAAGAUUCUCACUUUAGUGCGGGAUUACGUGGAAGCCGGGGCUAUCAUCUCGCCAUCCGACAUAUCCCAGAUAACUCUGAUCGUCUUGAUUCUUGCAACCGACAUUGACUCACCCAGUUGGCUGCGCUCGCUCUCGACUUCGGCACUCGACGGUGUCUUAGGACACUUCCAUACUGGCACAGGCCCUGCAUCCCAUGAUGCGGCGACCUUGGCAAACAAAAUAUGGAUCUUAGCGUCCAUGUUGCCGCUCUCGAGUCAGCGGGCCAUUGUCGCUGCAUUCGGUUUCGGUAACGAGUCUAGCAAGUCUAUAUGCCGGUGUCUUGCCUACCAUCUUCUGCUUGAUCGGGUUCUUGACAUUGACAAUGCCGCACUUUUCACGGAACCGCAACUCGCAUCGAUACGUCAGCAUCUAUACUCGGCAGGCGCAUUGUCAGUGAACGCGGACACGGACUUUCAUGUCAUGGAGGCGAAGCUAGACAUUUUGGACAAAGCAUUGAUUGGUACGAGGGAUCUUCUCGCGCGCGCGCAGUCAACCUGUACACCCGACCGGACCACCGCUGUGACUCCGAACACCGUAGACGCAUUCGUGAAGAUGCUGCAAGACAUCAUUGACAGACUCGGAGUUGUACAAUCCCUUAUCAGAGACUCGACCGGAAAGGACAUCCAGCCUUCAAUCGUCAAGAGCCGCAUAAAGAUCAUCCAAUCACGUUUGCUCUAUAUCAUCAGACCGUUUGAGAAGACAUGGCUGUAG